AGAUAAAUGGGAGUUACUUUUAAGGUAAGUCUCCGCCCAGGGGGAGUCACUGCGCUUUAUCCACCUGCCAGACUCAUUCAGUGACAGACAAGCAUCGGACCCGAUGAGAGCAACCACGCGUGGACAAAAACACACGGGAUACGUUUAUAAACUCCCACGAGCACUUAACUGACACGGGAUCAGAGUCAAAAAGCAGGAGAUUACAAGCAACUACUUUGUGGACUCUUGCGUGCAUUGCCUGGACGCGUUGCUUUUCUUUAUGCGUUUGUUGGCGCUGGAUUGCAAAUGAUUUGUUUGGGACACAUAGGAUCAUUUGUGACGGACGUGUUAUAGGACUGAAUAAAUCUCUUGCGGGUCUUUGGAUAAAGCAAUCAUGCAGGGAGCCGGGACUUUGGUGCUGGGGACCCUUCUGGUUUCUGUGUUCUCAGCUGUCUCGGUCCACAGCAAUCUUUUGUCUUCACUACCACCCGCCUCUGCUCCACGAGUCUCCCUGUCCUUCAAAGAGUUGAAGUCUACUGAAACUGCCCAUCAUUUUGCUUUCCUGCUCAACUCGACAGACUACAGAAUCCUUCGUAUGGACGAGGAUCAUGAUCGCAUGUAUGUGGGCAGCAAAGACUACAUUCUAUCUCUAGACCUGAAUGACAUCAACAAAGAGCCCCUCAUAAUUCACUGGCCCGUCGCUCCUCAGAGAAGAACCGAAUGUGUCCUCUCCGGAAAGGACAUCAAUGGCGAGUGCGGUAAUUUCAUCCGUCUCAUCGAACCGUGGAACAGAACUCACCUGUACGUGUGUGGAACGGGAGCCUACAACCCCAUCUGUACCUAUGUGGACAGAGGGCAGAGGUCACAGGCCUUGCUUCAAGAUCAGCUGCCUAGCACGGGAGGCCGCACCAGUCGAGCUGCAGACCCUAGCGCAUCACCAGAGCCAUACGCACCCCAGGAAUACAUUUUCCGUCUGGAGCCUGGUAAAGUCGAUUCUGGGAAAGGAAAAUGCCCCUACGACCCGAAACUAAACAGCGUCUCGGCUCUGAUAAAUGGCCAGCUGUAUGCCGGAGUCUACAUCGAUUUUAUGGGAACGGAUUCUGCCAUAUUUCGCACAUUGGGCAAACACACUGCCAUGAGGACCGACCAAUACAACUCCCGCUGGCUUCAUGAUCCAACAUUCGUCCAUGCCCAGCUCAUUCCUGACAGCGCGGAGAAAAAUGACGACAAGCUUUAUUUCUUCUUUCGUGAGAAAGCAUCCGAGAUGGGUCAGACUCCCAUGGCCCAGUCCAGGAUCGGCAGAAUCUGUCUGAAUGAUGAUGGAGGACACUGCUGUCUGGUGAAUAAAUGGAGCACCUUUCUAAAGGCUCGGCUCAUCUGCUCCGUGACUGGCUUAGAUGGGAUUGAAACACAUUUCGAUGAGCUCCGUGACGUGUACAUCCAGAAGACCCAGGACACCAAGAAUCCCGUCAUCUACGGCGUCUUCUCCGUGUCUGGGUCAGUAUUUAAGGGUUCAGCAGUAUGUGUGUAUUCCAUGGCUGAUGUUCGCAUGGUCUUCAAUGGUCCUUUUGCUCAUAAAGAAGGGCCAAACUACCAGUGGGUGGCAUACCAGGGCAAAAUUCCUUACCCCCGACCAGGAACAUGUCCAGGAGGAACAUUCACACCAAACAUGAAGUCUACCAAAGAUUACCCAGACGAGGUUAUCAACUUCAUGCGCAACCAUCCGACCAUGUUCAAUGCAGUUUAUCCAGUCCACAAGCGCCCCCUGGUGGUUCGCACCAAUGUGGAUUAUGAAUUUACCACCAUCACUGUAGACCAAGUGGCUGCAGCAGAUGGAAACUAUGAAGUCCUUUUCUUAGGAACAGAUAGAGGAACAGUUCAGAAGGUGAUUGUGCUGCCCAGAGAUGAUCUUCAGACUGAAGAGCUGGUUCUGGAGGAGGUGGAGGUCUUUAGAGUUCCAACUCCAAUAACUACAAUGAAAAUUUCACCAAAAAGACAACAACUAUAUGUGAGUUCAGCGAUGGGCGUCACUCAUCUGGCCCUGCACAGGUGUGAUGUGUAUGGAGAAGCGUGCGCUGACUGUUGCUUGGCCAGAGAUCCUUACUGUGCCUGGGAUGGCAAGUCCUGUUCUCGCUACUCAGCAAACCAAAAAAGGCGGAGUCGGAGGCAAGAUGUGAAGUAUGGCAAUCCUAUUAGACAAUGCAGAGGCUACAACUCUAAUGCUAAUAAGAAUACAUUGGAGACGGUGCAGUAUGGAGUAGAAGCAAGCACAGCCUUUCUGGAGUGCCAGGCCAGAACUCCCCAUGUGUCCAUCAAAUGGCAUUUCCAGAAGGAGAACAGUGAUAGGAGGAGAGAGAUCCGUUCCGACGGGCGCGUAGUCCGCACAGAUCAGGGUCUCCUCCUGCGCUCUCUUCAGCUCUCUGAUGGUGGAGUUUACCAGUGCACCGCCACUGAGAAGAACUUCAAACACACAUUGGUCAGACUGCAGCUGGUGGUACUCUCCGCCCGCACCGUCAACAGCAUCCAGACCGAAACCACCGCCCCCGCCGUCCCGCCUCUUCAGUCCAGCAGCGCCUGGACACCCAGCGCAGAGCAGUACAAAGAUCUGCUGACCAUCCUGAGCCAGCCCGAGAUGGGUCUUAUCAAUCAGUACUGCCAGGACUAUUGGCAGAUGGGGGAUGACCCCACGGCCCACGCCCACAAGAAAAAAGACAUCAAGGAGGUGACCAAAGACCUACGGAAGCCACGAAACAGGAGACACCACCAAGAUCAGGACAGCAUGGCAGAGACAUGAAAUGCAAAUCGUCCAAUAAGGAGUUUUCCCACAUAAGCAGGAGUUACUUGCCGAAAUAUUCAGCGUAAACCAUAACCACAAUGACUGACUGAGGAGAAUAGACAGUAUUUAUUGUAGGCUGUAAAUACUUCGAUUCUGUGGAUAUCUUUGUAUGGAAAUAGAGCAAAAAACAUGUGUAUAGACCUUACGUGCAAAUAUUUUGUUAUCAUCGUAACUUCCCUCCGACGUAUUUAUUACAAUGGGUUUUACCAUGUCAACACGCCGUGUUUCCAUGAUAUAAGCUUCGAUGUACAUAUCACUAACCGGAUAGUUAGUGAUCAUAAUCUCUGGGCAUUUGAAGUCCCCGACGGACAGUUUGACUGCACUUUGACAGCUAUGAUGGGACUGCAAGCUAUUGUACAUUUGGUGGAGUCACAUGAGGACACGCGCCCAUUCUGCAGAUGUACCGAAACAUUUUUACAUGCAUCUGAGUUAUCUGUGACCUUGAAAAGGGAAAAAACAAACACUUUAAUAUCAUUAAAAGUUCUUUUAAUCUUC